GAGCGCGCACUCGACGCGGAGCGCCGCGCCGGCCCGCGCCGGGUACAGCCGCUGCCGCGCCGGAGCUGCCGGGACCCACUGGAGUCCUACCGGGGCUCUGUCUAGUCCCAUAAUAUAGUGAUUAAUCCUGCGCCAACAGAGGACAGAGCACCGAUUUUGAAGGGUACCCAACGGUAUUCCACAUAACACUCCACAAUGACGAAGAAAUUCGACUUCAACUGGCGGAUACCUGUACCGGACGCCCUGACCCAGGGCUGUGUGCUCGACAGGUGGACAGAGGAAAAAGACAACGUCGACUUCGAGCCACAAUGCCUGUUUCGGGUGGAUGAAUACGGAUUCUUCAUGUACUGGAAGAGCGAGGGCAAUGAGGCCGACCUGCUGGAGCUCUGCCAAGUGAACGACAUUCGAGCUGGCGGCCUCCCGCGGGAUCCGAAGUUGCUGAACCAGCUACAGGCACGUCAUGGUGCUGACCUGGAGGCCAAGUCGCUCAGCAUCUGCAGUGGAACCGACAUGGUCAACAUCAACCUACAGCACGUCAUCCUGCCUGACGUCGAAACCGCCAAGGUGUGGUUGUCGGGCCUUCGCACCAUCACACAUAACACCAAAGCCAAUAAUGUGUGCCCCAUGACAUGUCUCAUCAAACACUGGAUGAGGCUCUGUUUCUCAGUGGACCAAGAUGGGAAGAUCACCGUGAAAAACAUCGCGAGGACAUUUGCCUCGGGCAAGACUGAGAAGCUCGUCUAUCAGUGUCUGGGCGAGCUUGGUCUGCCGUGUGAAAAGAAUGAUGUCAUCGAGCCGGCGGAGUUCACAUUCGACAAAUUCUAUUGUUUAUAUCACAAAAUAUGUCCCAGAAACGACAUCGAGGAGCUAUUUCAGUCAAUAACAGAGGGCAAGGCCGAGACCAUCGAACUGGGCCAGUUCAUCAACUUUAUGAACGACUGUCAGCGAGAUCCGCGGCUAAAUGAGAUCCUGUACCCGCUCUACGACGAGAAAAGGUCGCUGGAGAUCAUCUGCACAUACGAACAGGAUGAGCAGAACCGCAAUCAAAAGCGGUUCUCCAAGGAGGGUUUCACACGGUUCCUGAUGUCGGACGACAACGCGCCCGUGUUCCUGGACCGGCUGGACAUUUACCAGGACAUGGACCAGCCCAUGAGUCACUACUAUAUCAACUCGUCCCACAACACCUACCUGUCGGGCCGACAGUUCGGAGGCAAGAGCUCCGUGGAGAUGUACAGACAGGUCCUGCUAGCCGGCUGUAGGUGUGUGGAGCUGGACUGUUGGGACGGAAAAGGAGAAGACGAAGAGCCCAUCAUCACACACGGAAAGGCCAUGUGCACAGACAUCCUCUUCAAGGACGUUAUUUACGCCAUCCGAGACUGUGCGUUUGUGACAUCCGACUACCCUAUCAUCCUCUCAUUCGAGAACCACUGCUGCAAAGCCCAGCAGCUCAAGAUGGCCAAGUACUGUGACGAGAUAUUCGGCGAUUUACUGCUCAAAGAGCCGCUGCCCGACUGUCCGCUGGAGCCCGGAGCCCCGUUACCAAGUCCCAACCAGCUGCGGCGCAAGAUCCUGAUCAAGAACAAACGACUCAAGCCGGAGGUGGAAAAACAGGAGCUCGAGCUCUACAUGAAAGGCCAGCUGACCAUUGUUGAUGACGUCAAAGAGGAUGCGUCCGCAGCGCCGACAGAAACUAAGGAUGGUACCGCCUGUAGCGAGGUGGACCGCCCCAUGACCGCCGAGGAGAAGGCCUUCCUUAGUUACCAGUACACGGGCGCCACGUCUCUAGUGCACCCCUACCUCUCCAACAUGGUCAACUACGCGCAGCCCAUCAAGUUUAUCGGCUUCGACGAUGCUAGAGAGAAGAACAUCCACCACAACAUGUCUUCGUUCGCCGAGACGGCCGGUCUGGGCUACCUCAAAUCGUCGGCCAUCGAGUUUGUCAACUACAACAAACGCCAGAUGAGCCGGAUCUACCCCAAAGGCACACGGGCCGACUCGUCAAACUACAUGCCACAGAUUUUCUGGAACGCCGGCUGCCAGAUGGUGUCGCUGAAUUUCCAGACCCCCGACCUGCCCAUGCAGCUGAACCAGGGCAAGUUCGAGUACAACGGCAACUGCGGCUACCAGCUGAAACCCGACUUCAUGCGGCGACCGGACAAGGACUUUGACCCGUUCGCCGAGACGCCCGUCGACGGCGUGAUCGCCGCUCAGUGCUCCGUGCAGGUGAUAGCCGGUCAGUUCCUCUCGGACAAGAAGGUCGGCACAUACGUGGAAGUUGACAUGUACGGUCUCCCCACCGACACCAUCCGAAAAGAGUUCCGAACCAAGAUGGUGCCCGCCAACGGCCUCAACCCGGUCUACAAUGAGGAGCCGUUCGUGUUCAGAAAGGUGGUGCUGCCGGACCUGGCCAUGCUACGAAUUGGCGUGUACGACGAGAACGGCAAGAUGCUCGGACAGCGCAUCCUUCCCCUAGAUGGCCUGCAGGCUGGCUACCGGCACAUCUCCCUGCGGACGGAAGGCAACUUCCCCAUGUCGCUACCCAUGCUGUUCUGCAGGUUCGACCUGAAGAUCUACGUUCCCGACGGACUGGGCGACCUGAUGGACGCGCUGUCCGAUCCGCGAGCGUUCCUCUCGGGUCAGGAGAAGCGGGCCGAACAGAUGAAAGCCAUGGGUAUCGAGGAGGCCGACAUCCAGGCCGUGAAAGACUCCGGCGCCGACAACGCCAAGGCGUCCAAAGACGGUGCCAAGAAGGACGAGCCCAAGAAAGAGGAGCCGCUCAAGUUUGAGAAGAUCACGGCCGAGUCGCUGCGGCAGGAGAAGGGUUUCGCCAAGGCCACAAAGAAGCAGCAGAAGGAGCUGGAAGCCAUGAAGAAGCGACAGACCAAGGAGCGCGUGAGCAUGCAAAAGUCGCAGUGCGUGGCCAUCGAGAAACUCAGCAAAGACAAACGAGGUGACCCGAACGACCCGGCGGUGCUGGCUCUGGUGAAGGAGCAGAUUGACACGUGGUCAGAGCUGAUGAGUCGCCACCGGCACGAGGAGUGGGAUCUGCUCAAGGAGCACUACAAGUGCCAGGAGGACAUCCUGAAGAGGCUCAUGGAGGCCGCACAGGCCGCCCAGAUCAAACAGAUCGAGGCCAAGUUCGAGAGGGAAAACAAGGAGCUGAAGGCUCGACAGGCCAAAAUCUCAGUGGAUACCGCUAAAGAGGUGGCCCAGGACAAGACCCUGCGCAACAAGGCUGAGAAGGACCGACGACUGCGCGAAAAGAACCAGAACAACACCAAGAAGUUCAUCGAGGAGCGGAAGAUGACGGCGAUGCGACAGAACAAGGAGUCCGAGAAGCUGAAGAAGCAGCACGAACAGGAGCUGCAGGAUCUCUCGCGGGACAUUAAGCUGAGUGUAGAGAUGUACGAGCAGGCAGCCGUCGAGUACCAGCUGCGAUCCAAGUGUGAGUUCUACGCCUGAGUUCAGUGAAGUCAACUACUUCAGCUCGAGGGAACGUGCUGGUGAAGUGCAGACCUCCCACCGCAUGGACAUGUCUUCAUGGAUUUCACCCACCCGUGGAAAAUACUGGCUCUGAGUGGCCGCAGAACAGACCACCAAACAGCCGUUUCGAACUCUAGUCCAAGAGCACCGCAUGCAGAUUUUAACAAUCCACAGAGAGCAGGAACACACAACUGAAUAAUGUUUAUGUAACGGUACCAUUGUGAAAUACGAUCAGCGUCGAUCAGAUAGGGUUCGAUAUUUAUGUGUAACUACUCCGUUUACAUAAUUCCGAUUCAGUAAGACCCCGCGACAGAGCCAGAUUGCCAAAACCAGUCACUCCGGCUUGAAGCUAUAAAGACUCUCGAGCUUCACAAA